UCACUUCCUUCUUCUAUAUAACCUCCCCAAAUCUCAAAUCCAAAACUCCACAACACAAUCAAAACCAUAAACCAACGACUCCAAGUCUCUAAUAUAUGGCUUCUUCACAAGACCAAUCAGCUUUGGACCUCAUCACUCAACACCUCCUUACCGAUUUCCCUUCCUUAGAGACUUUCGUCUCUAGCAUCCAUCAGAGCACCACCUCCACUCUUAGCCAACGCAAGCCAUCUCUUGCCACCAUUUCAGUUCCUACUACUGCACCGGUGGUUCAAGAGGAUGAUCAUAGGCAUUACAGGGGCGUGAGGCGUAGGCCGUGGGGUAAGUAUGCGGCUGAGAUCAGAGACCCAAACAAGAAAGGCGUUCGUGUCUGGUUAGGUACUUUUGACACGGCCGUGGAGGCUGCAAGAGGUUACGACAGGGCUGCUUUUAAACUAAGAGGAAGCAAAGCCAUUCUUAACUUCCCACUAGAAGCAGGCAAGCACCAGGACUCUGGAGACAACAAGAACAAGAAGACUGUGGCUUUGAAAGCUAAGAGGAAGAGACCAGAAACAGAGGAUGAAAACCAUGAGAGAAACCUGAUCAGUCAUAAAGCUGUGAAAAGGGAAGAGACGGAAGCUCAGGGUGAGGCUUGUCCGUUAACACCAUCAAGUUGGAUGGGGUUUUGGGACGCAGUAGACGGUAUAGGGAUGGGACUAUUCUCUGUGCCUCCUUUAUCUCCUUACCCAUCGCUAGGACAUUCUCAACUCGGAGUUAAGUAAGCUUAUGGAUGUAGGUGACAUCCGCAACUUUGGAUUAUAUAUCAUCGGCAAGCGAACACACAAACAAGACAAUAAUUAUCUUAAGGAUUGUAUUAAAGAUUCCUCACGGAGUGAAUUAGUUUGUAGAUUGGUUGAUUGUAAAUGGUUUGUUAUAUUCAUUCGUUCUUCUCAAUGCAAUUAUCUCUACUCUUC